CAAGCAGUCUUGGGCGUCCGGGCAUCCAGACGCCGUGGUGUGGGCGCUCAUUGCGACCAACCUGGCUGUGUUUGCCGCAUGGCACACGCAGAACCAGACCGUCAUGGCCCGGAACUUCAUGGUGUCAGUGAAUGCGAUGUACGAGGGGCGCUACCACACACUCCUCACGUCAGCCAUCAGCCACCGCGAGGGGCGGCACCUGCUCUUCAAUAUGCUUGGCCUCUACUUCUUCGGCUGCGAGGUGGCGCGCAUGUAUGGGCCGUGGUACCUGCUGGGGCUGUACAUGUCGGGGGCAGUGGUGGCGUCGCUGGCUCACGUGUUCUACUUUCAAUACAUCGUGCCCCGGACCGAUACGAAGUCUGUAUGGGCUUGGCAUCCACGCCUCUCGCCUCCAGCCAUGGGUGCAAGUGGAGCGGUGAAUGCCAUAGUACUCUUCAGCUGUCUGCUGCAGCCCACGCGGAUCAUCUACCUCAACUUCAUCAUCCCCGUGCCCUCCAUUCUCCUUCGGACCUACCCGCCCUACUGUUUCCCUCAGGGCGGGUCGCGCAUCGGCCAUGCAGCUCAUCUAGGGGGUGCCGCAGUGGGCGUGGCUGCAUGGGCCCUCAAGCGCGGGCGCUACCACUUCCGGCGCUAG